AUGGCUUCGGGUCAAUCGUGGCUCAAUCAAGAUUUUGGUGGAGAUGAUGAGGAGUCUGACAACGACUUCAACCCGGGGGUCGAGGCUGGCUCCGACGCCGAAGAUGAUGCGGUAGACUCAAAGCCACAAAUUGCGAAACGAGACGCCAGUGAUUCCGAAGAUGAACGGCGAUCCAGAACGAAUGGAAACCGGUCAUCUUCGCCUGCCAGAAAACCCAAAGUCGUGGAGGAGGACGAUGACGAAGACGCCGACGCCGACGCCGACGCGGAUGCCGACGCAAAAGCAGAUAACGACGAGGAUGACGAAGGCGAGGGUGAAGACCUUAACGGGAACGACGACGAAGAGGAUGAAGAAGACGAGGACGAAGAUGAGGACGCAGUCGCAAGCCGACCUCGAAAGCGCAGGAGACGAGGCCUGAACCAAUUCUUCGAAGAAGAGGCCGAAGUUGACGAGGACGACGAUGAGAUCGAAGCCGAUGAGGACGACCUAGGUCCCGAAUUCAUCCAAGACACCCACCCGGACGAUGACAUCCCGCCGGAAGCUGAUCAGGACGACGCCAGACACAGAGAGCUGGACCGACAACGACAACUCGAGGCCUCUAUGGACGCGGAAAAGCAGGCUGCAGCUUACAAGGAAAGAUACGGACGUAGAACAACCGCAGCUCUCAGCAAUACUUCCUUUGUGCCACAAAAUCUCUUGAUGCCUGAUGUCAACGAUCCGAGCAUCUGGGGUGUUAGGUGCAAAGCCGGGAAGGAGCGCGAGAUCAUCAGCAGGCUCAUGAAGAAAUUCUUCGAGAGUCAGAACAGUCGCAAACCGUUACGGAUCUGCUCUGCGUUUGAGCGUGGCGAUGGCCCUAUGGCGGGAUACAUCUUUGUCGAAGCUCGACAGAAGGUGGAUGUCGACGACGCGCUCGCAAACGUUCCUGAUGUUUACCCAAGAUCGAAGAUGAACCUGGUCCCUGUCAAAGAAAUGCCCGACCUCUUGAGAGUUACUAAGAGUAAAGAGCUUGAAGUCGGUGGCUACGUUCGCAUAAAGCGCGGAUUGUACCAGGGCGAUCUGGGUAUGAUAGAAGCUGUCGAAUCCAACGGUCUCGAUGUGACUGUCCGACUUGUCCCUCGACUCGCGUACGGUGCGGAUGAGGAUCUUACGCGUCCACUCGGCCCAGACGCCAAGCGCAAGCGUCCGAAUGCAUUUGGUGUCGGAAGCAGUAUUGCCAAUCGACCGCCUCAACGAUUAUUCAACGAGGCCGAAGCAAGAAAAAAGCAUGAUAGAUUUAUGCAGCAGAACCGUGGUCUUUCCAAUAAGAGCUGGACCUAUAAGGGCGACCAGUAUGAGGACGGCUUCUUGAUCAAAGACUUCAAACUGCAGCACCUUACAACCGAGAAUGUGAACCCGAGGUUGGACGAGAUCACGAAACUGACAAAAACUGCGGCCGACGGUACCGAAACUCUGGAUCUGGAGUCCCUCGCGCACAGUCUCCGCAACACAACAGCAGAAGGCAGCUUUCUUCCUGGCGAUGAAGUUGAAGUUUAUGAGGGUGAGCAGAGAGGUAUCGUAGGCAGAACAGAGGCUGUCAAGGGUAACAUCGUUUCCAUCAUGGUGUCCGAAGGAGAACUAGCCAGCCAGCUUGUCGAGGUGCCAGUAAAGGGCUUACGGAAACGCUUCAGAGAAGGCGACAAUGUUAAGAUCAUUGGAGGAAGCAAGUAUCGUGACGAAGUGGGAAUGGUCCUUCGCAUCAAAGACGACAAGGUCACUGUCCUUACCAACACUAGUAACGAGGAGAUCACUGUUUUUAGCAGAGAUCUUCGAGAAGCUACGGAUGGCGGCAGCGGAGGUGCAGGAACAAGUAAAUUUGAUGUUCAGGAACUGGUACAGAUCGAUCCUACCACAGUUGGCUGUGUCAUCAAAGCCGACCGUGAAUCGGUACGACUCUUGGACCAGAACGGCUCGCUCACAACGAGGAUGCCCUCACAGAUUCACAAGAUUGAGACUCGCAGGAAUGCCGUGGCUACAGACAAGAACGGUUCCGAGAUCCGAGUGGGCGAUGUUGUCCGUGAAUCUGGUGGCGAGGGUAAGAGUGGAACCAUAUUGCACAUUCAUCGAGGAUACGUGUUUGCACACAACAAAUUGGGAAUUGAGAAUUCUGGCAUUUGGGUAUCGAGAUGCACAAAUGUGAUCACGACCGCAGCAAAAGGUGGCCGCAUUACUGCACCUUCCACAGAUCUCACGAAGAUGAAUCCUGCCUUACAGAUGAAGCGACCAGACAUGUCCAUGGGUCCACCUCAACGACCCGGCCGUGACCCUCUUCAAGGACGACAUGUCCACAUCAACAAAGGUACUUAUAAAGGUCACCGCGCAAUAGUCAAAGACACGACAGCCGGAGAAGCACGACUUGAACUCCAGACCAAAAAUAAGACCAUCAACCUGAACAAAUUUGACCUUUCCAUCGUUGACACAAACACUCAGAGUAAAACGAGAUACGAGGAUUGGAUUCGACAACGAGGUGGUCCGCCAACGAUGCGCUCAGGCCCUGGUGGACCAGGAUCUCGUAUUCCCGAUGGAGGCUUUGGUGGGCGAACUCCUGCCGGCGUCAUGGAUGGCGGUCGCACUCCUGCAUGGGGUGCUUCGUCAAGAACACCUGCUUGGGGUGGUCCCGGCGGUUCUGGCCUAGACUCAGGGCGCACUCCAGCGUGGAAAGGAGCAUCAGGAUCACAGACAUCCUACGGCGGUGGCGGCAUGACUUCUUACGGCGGCGCAGGCAACUACGGCACCAGCGGCAGCCGCACACCGGCUUGGAAUGCGAGUGCAAAGACUCCAUAUGGAGCUGAUCAUGGCUUCAGCUCUUCGGGAAAUUCUGGGUUCGAUGCCUUUGCGGCUGGCUCGAGAACUCCAGCUUAUGGUUCUUCAUCCUCUCGUACACCUGCUUGGGGUGGUCCUGGCAAUGCAGCCUCGGCACCUACCCCUUCUGCACGCCCCUACGAUGCUCCCACACCUGGCGUGUCUGCACCUACACCGGCUGCUUCUGGUCGUUAUGAUGAUGACCCUUACACGCCUUACCUCAGUGCACCGACACCAGGAGCCGGUCCUCAAGAUGCGCCGACACCAGCACCGAAUUUUGCAAAGGGUGCGAACAGGGAUCCACUCACGCACAACCGUCUCGGUUUUGAUGCUCCUACGCCUGCAGCCAGUGCACCCACACCGUAUGCCAGUGGUGCAUUCGACGCACCCACACCAGCCGCUGGAGGGCCGCGUUAUGCAGACGAUGACGACGAGGAUUGA